AUGCAUUUCGAGUUUAUUCUAACAAAUUCCAAUAACUGCAGAAACUAUUUCGAAGAGGUGCAUCGUUGCGAGCACGAAACCAACAAUCUGAGAUCAGUGGUCCAGAGAAUCGUGAAACAAAUUUCUGCACAUAGUAGUUGCAUAGUCUUUAUCACAGAUCCUUUUUAUCGCAGACUGAUUGAUGUGCACAGUAUGGAAAUAUCUUCUUUUUUGUCGAAAUACGACAUCGCCAUACGCGAUAGUGAGGAUUUUUCACGACCGAGGAAGUUACUUGCGAGAACACUCCAGCAUAUCAAAGCAGAUGACUGCGAUGCGUACGUGAUAUUAAUUGCCAAUGGACUGUUAACAUCAAGAUUCUUGCAAUAUGUUGAAGGAGAACGUUUAAUCGACACGCGAGGUUACUUUUUACUUCUGCACGAUAAUCGCUUGUUCAGGCCUGAAUUGCAUUAUAUUUGGAAUCGAAUUGUUAAUGUGGUGUUUAUACGGAAAUAUAAUACGUUUAAAUAUCGUUCGGGCGAACGGAUUACCGCGGAGCGAAUUGAUCUCAGCACCGUCUACUAUCCAUCGCGUACGAUGGGCUUCACGACGAAGUAUGUCGACUCGUGGCAGGAUGGCAAAUUGCGCUACGGCAAUGACCACUAUCUGUCGAAAACCAUGGAUCUUCGCGGCAAUGGUUUACGAGUUGCGGUUUUCGAACAUAUACCGGCCGUGACAGAAGCAUCGCGAGAUCAGUACCAUCAAAGCACAAUCGCAAGCCCUAAAGCUUUAGGUAUCGAAUUUGAACUAAUUCGAGUUAUAGCAAAGGCGAUGAAUUUCAAAGCGAACUAUUAUAUGCCUUAUAAUAUCAAGAAUGAAAAGUGGGGUAAAGCGGGAGACAACGAUAGUUACACCGGUCUCCUUGGCGAGGCAAUCGCUGGGAAAGCCGAUUUCUUUCUCGGAGAUCUGCAUUACACGCUGCAUCAUUUGAAUCAUCUCGACCUGUCCGCACCGUAUAAUACAGAGUGUCUUACCUUCUUAACGCCGGAAGCGUUGACCGAUAACUCAUGGAAAUUACUAAUACUGCCUUUCAGGCUGAACGCGUGGAUCGCGCUCCUUUGUGCCCUGUUGAUAGGCGGCGGAGCCCUCCAUGUGUUUGCAUUGUUCUACCAGAAAUACAUAGGUUCGCUUGUGCGUUUGAAGCAGGGCGAGGAGAACGCAUACGAUAGCUCAAAGGGUUUGUAUCUGUUCACUGAAUUCCAGAAUUGCAUUUUGUACACGUACAGUAUGCUGCUUCAAGUCUCACUGCCGCGCUUACCGAACGCCUGGGCCGUGAGAAUUUUCAUCGGCUGGUGGUGGCUCUACAGCAUUUUGGCGACUGUCACUUACCGCGCUAGUAUGACCGCCACCCUCUCGCGUCCUGUUGCUAAAGUAACCAUCGAUACUUUGACGCAGCUGACGAAAUCGUCGCUGGCUGUCGGAGGAUGGAGCGAGGAGGGCAAGGAGUUCUUCCUUGCCUCUCCAGAUCCGCAUAGUCAAGAGAUCGGACACAAGUUCGAGUUAACGGAAAACGAGGAAGAUGCCAUCGAUCGAGUGGCAAACGGAACGUUCUCCUACUACGAAAACUCAUAUUUAUUGCAGCACGUUCGCGGAAAGCGGAUAUACGAGAAGGGAAACGAUCAAAAUAACAAGAGCGAGAAGGAUACUGGAUCGGGAGUAAAGUACAAUUUACAUAUUAUGGAGGAAUGUGUCGUUCACAUGCCAAUCGCGUUAGGACUGGAAAAGAAUUCUCCGCUGAAGCCUCAUGUAGAUUUAUGGGUGAGACGGAUGAUAGAAAUUGGUCUGGUGCACAAGUGGCUGAGCGAUGUGAUGGAGUGGUCGAAGAUCAACGAGUCUCGACUGGAAUCGAAAUCCGAAACAGCGUUGGUAAAUCUGCGUAAGCUGUACGGAGCACUCAUUGCUCUCGGAAUCGGAUACUUUCUCAGUUUUGCAGUUUUACUCGGCGAAAUUCUACAUUGGAAAUAUGUCAUCUUGAAAGAUCCCAAGUACGACAAGUACUAUCAAAAUGAGUUUUAUAAAAGCAAUAAUAAAAUCGAAACUUGA